UGACUUAUCUUUUCGCUUUGGGUCUCGUCUCGGUCAAAUUUUCAUUGAUAUAUUAUAUUUUAAAUAAAUUUAUUACAGUUGAUAUAGUGUCAAUUAUAUUGGUUUUUAAUACUUAAAUUUCUAUAAUGUUUUCCUCAGCAGUACGCGCGUGUUCCAAAAUGUCCCGUGGGGUUUUUGCCGUUCGCCGGCAUCAAACUGCACGCCCGAUUAUGGCUGUUUCUACAAGGUAAUACUGAUAUGAUACUGGUAAUAUGAUCGUUUUGUAUGUCCAUUUGGUAAGAAUAAAUAGUGAUUUUUGAUUUUAAUCAAUUUUCAUUAGAUUCAUGUCGGAACAUAAAGAAGAAACCGAUGAAGAAUUUUAUGCAAGGUAUGAAGCGUAUUUCAACCGCAAGGACAUAGAUGGUUGGGAAGCGCGAAAGGCAAUGAACGAUUUAGCCGGACAAGAUGCAAUUGCUGACCCAAAAGUAUGAUAAAGAAUUUUUUGAGUCAAUUAAAUACCUUAUAUAUUUUUAUUUGUACUAGGUGAUUAUUGCUGCAUUAAAAGCUUGUCGUCGUCUUAAUGAUUAUGCUAUGGCAAUAAGGUUCCUCGAGAGUGUGCGAAUCAAAAGUGAAAUUGAUAGUAAUAUCUAUCCUUACAUUUUGCAAGAAAUUUCUCCAACUCUUCAAGAAUUAGGUAUUGACACACCCGAAGCUCUUGGAUACGACAAACCAGAAUUGGGGUUAGAUGAUGUUGACCAUAUAUAUUAAAUAAUAUUACUUAUUCUGUAAUUGCUGGUGUUAAAUAUUACCUGGUUAAAAUUGUAUAUUAGGUAAAAUCUGUUUAUUUGUGUCUAUAGAAAACAAAUAAAAAUUAUAACUAUUUUUAGUCAAUAUUAUUUUUAAUAUUGUUAUUUAUUGAUAUAAAUAGUUAAUGCAUUUUUCAGUCCUUAUUUUAUUAUUAUGUAUCUGAAAAAUAUAAUAUAAGUAACAGUAAUUGAUGCAGUUCUAUGGUACAUGCUUUAACUUGAGAUUAGUUUUUGCUGCAAAAUAAGUUAGUCAAUUAAUGAAAUAUCAAUAAGAUUUAAAGGUAAGUUCUAUUAUAGUGUGGUGACCAACUAUGUUGUAUAGCUUGGAGGUUUGGGCGGAAGAUAGAUAAAGUAAAACAGAGAAUGAGUGUAGCAGACAUGAGAUUUCUUGGCUGCACAUCAAGAGAAGAUGGAAUAAUAAAUGAAUACAUAAAUGGUGGCUUCGAUAGCAGAUUAAAUGAGAAAAAACAAACAGAUGUUUUAGACAUGUUAUGAAGAUAUAGGAAUCAGAAGCAGUAUUGUAUUAUAAUGCAGUAUUUUAAUGGAAAUAAACUUAAGAGGAAAUACUAGAAAAUAGGUAGUUGGGUGGAAGUUUAGGUCAUGGGCAGCUAACACCAAAAGCUGGUGAAGUUAGAAGGAGAAGAAAAUUUUUUUUAAGUUUUUCAAAAGAGGGACAAUUGCUUAAUGGGAACAAA